GGAGCUUCAGCAGCAGCCACGCGGCUCGCUCCCCCGCCGAUCGGUGGCCGAUGGCUGCGGCCUCCUCCGCGGCCGCCUCGGGCCCCGCCCGGAACCUGCUGCAGUUCCUGCGGCUGGUGGGGCAGCUCAAGAGAGUCCCACGGACUGGCUGGGUGUACAGAAAUGUCGAGAGGCCAGAGAGCGUAUCAGAUCACAUGUACAGGAUGGCAGUUAUGGCGCUGGUGACCAAAGAUGAUCAUCUGAACAAAGACAGAUGUGUACGCCUAGCCCUGGUUCACGAUAUGGCAGAGUGCAUCGUUGGGGACAUAGCACCAGCAGAUAACAUCCCCAAAGAAGAAAAACAUAGGCGAGAAGAGGAAGCUAUGAAGCGGCUAACCCAGCUUCUCUCAAAGGAUCUCGGAAAGGAGCUCUAUGAACUCUGGGAAGAGUAUGAGACCCAAUCUAGCGCAGAGGCCAAGUUUGUGAAGCAGCUGGACCAAUGUGAGAUGAUUCUGCAGGCAUCUGAGUAUGAAGACCUGGAGAACAAACCUGGGAGACUGCAGGACUUCUAUGACUCCACAGCAGUUUCCAGAGUGGGGAGCCAAGUUUCCUGGAUUAGUGAUGGCUGGUGUGACGCCCGGUGUUCCUGUCUCUCACUGGAGUAACUCCACCUCUCGCUGGGAGCGCUUCAGGCUCAGCCAGCCCCGACCUGAGAGUAGUUCGGGAGAGCCUUCUGGGACCUCGCAGGACCCUCCUGUGGCCCCACCAAGGAGAUGAGGCUCCCAGAUCGCAGACGAUUGCAUUGAAAUGAAGUUGAUUGGAUUUUCCUUCUCUCUUCCAGCCCGCUAGGUCUGCGCUAGGCCUGGCCCUCAUUAUUUCUGUAUUGGGCCGUUGUUAUGACCGCCUAACUGAGCCGGCUGGGCUCGCCAUUCAUCCUGAGGGUUUGCUUUUUUAACUGUGGCUUUCCUCUUCCUCAAAAAUAAAAUCCUGACACUUUUGAGCAGCCUAAA